AGUCACGCUGUUUCUAAGUUAAAUUCAAAAUACUUUUGCGUUCUCAACAAAACAGACGUUUUUGAAGCAAUUUUCCAUAAUUCGUAAGUGUCGAUUGAAAGUGCUAAAGAUGACGGAGGAAACCGACGGGCUACGUACGGAGUACAAAUUAGAGACGGAUUCGGAACUGCGUUUCGAGAUAGAAAACAAGAACGAUGUGACCGUUCAGUUAAUUAGCGGCUACGCUGAACUUUUCGGCACGGAAAUGGUAAUGAAGAAACCGUACGCGUUCGGAGUGGGUGCGAAGGUCGCAAUAUUCACCUAUCACGGCUGCACGCUGGAGUUGCGCGGUAAACCCGAUGUUGCCUAUGUUGCACGCGAAACACCGAUGGUUCAGUACCUAAAUUGUAAUUGUGCUCUGGAACAGCUUCGAGUCAAAGCCGAACAGGAUGACGUUCAGGGACCGGUGGCAAUGGUAGUUGGUCCGAUGGACGUGGGAAAGACGACGUUGUGCAGAAUAUUUUUGAACUACGCAGUUCGGCUGGGACGAAGACCAGUUUACGUUGAUUUAGAUGUAGGUCAGGGUGCUAUUGCGAUCCCUGGAACAAUCGGAGCAUUGUUGGUGGAGCGACCGGCGCCGGUAGCAGAAGGCUUUGCUCAGCAGGCACCGUUGGUUUACCAUUUCGGACAUAUGUCGCCAUCGGACAAUGAUGUUUUUUACAACGUGCUGAUUUCAAAGCUGGCAGAAACGACGUUGGAACGUCUAGAAGCCAACAAGAAGGCCAAAUAUUCUGGAAUGAUCAUCAACACUUGCGGUUGGGUUAAGGGCGGUGGCUAUAAGAAUAUCCUGCACGCAGUGAAAGAAUUUGAAGUAAACGCAGUGUUUGUGUUGGAUCAGGAGCGAUUGUAUAACGAGCUGUUGCGUGAUGUGGAUCGAACUGUACAGGUAGUUUUUCUGCCCAAAAGCGGCGGUGUUGUGGAACGUCCUCGUUCGCAGCGGACCGAGUCUCGCGAUAACCGCGUGCGAGAGUAUUUUUACGGUUCCAAGAUGCCCCUAUACCCGCACUCGUUCGACGUUAAAUUUAGCGACGUGAAACUGUUCAAAGUCGGUUCGCCAGCUUUGCCCGAUUCCUGCCUGCCGCUGGGCAUGAAGAAGGAGGAUAAUUUCACCAAGCUGGUUCCGGUGCAGCCGGGACCGCACCUGCUGCAUCACGUGUUAGCUGUCAGCUUUGCCGAAAGCACCGAGGAGAACGUAAUUCAAACCAAUAUGGCUGGCUUUAUCUGCGUUACCAAUGUGAACAUGGAAAAGGAAGUGCUUACGAUUUUGUCACCGCAGCCAAGACCUCUGCCUCAGACGAUUUUGCUAGUUUCGGAUCUACAAUUUAUGGAUAGUCAUUAAGCGAAAGAGCUGUUUACAAUAAAAUUUUAACUGAUAAAAUGAAUAUUAGUUGUUUUUUUUUC